AUGUCGACAAAAGAACCCCUUGCUGGCAAAGUAGCCAUUGUCUCAGGCAGCGACAGCGGCAUAGGCUUCGCCAUUGCCCAUGAGCUUGCCUCUCGUGGGGCAUCUGUCACUAUCAAUUACCCAUUCCCUUCUCAAGCAGACAAUGCCAACGAUAAGGCAGCAUCCCUGCCAACCAAAUCCAUCGCCGUCUGUGCCGACAUGGGUACAACCCAAGGCCCCAAGACGCUGGUUGACGCAACCAUUAAAGAAUUUGGCCGACUAGACAUCGUUGUCAACAACGUGGCGAUAGCAGUCAAUAAGCCUCUUGAGGAGCAGACAUUGGAUGACUGGGAUCUAUUGGUCAAUGUCAAUGGGCGCAGCACUUUUCUUCUGACCCAGAGCAGCCUUCCGCACCUAACGCGAGGAAGCGGACGAAUUGUCAACAUCUGUUCCGCUAGCUCAAGAGGUUCUCCUCCCUUGCAAACCAUCUACGCUGGGACCAAGGGUAUGGUCGAUUCCUUCACUAAAUGCUGGGCGAAGGAACUUCCUCCCAAGUACGGAUGCACGGUGAACGCCGUGUCUCCCGGUCCUACCAAGACCGAAGGUUUUCUGGCUGCUGGCGAGGAAGCAAUGCGUGUCUUGCAGCCUAUAAUCGAUGUAACGCCUGCAGGGAAGCGGAUGGGUACACCGGAGGAGAUUGCGUUUGCGGUGGGAUUUCUUUGUGAUGAGCGGGCAAGCUGGGUCAACGGGGUACAUUUACAUGUGAAUGGAGGACUUCACAUCGAUUAG